AUGCCUCGUGGGCGCAAGAGUAAGCAAAAGGCCUCUGAGAAGCGGCGCCAGGCCCGACUGGAGACCCCGGGCCAUGCAGUAGCUCAAGCCACCAAAGCAGCAGCAGAAGCCUCGGCUGAGGCAGGUGUGGCAGCAGCAUCAAUGGCCUCAGUUGAGGCCCUUCUGGCAGGAGCAGUAGAGGCCUCAGCUGAGGCACUUCUGGCAGGAGCAGCAGAGGCCUCGGCUGAGGCACUUCUGGCAGGAGCGGCAGAGACCUCGGCUGAGGCCCUUCUGGCAGGAGCAGCAGAGGCCUCGGCUGAGGCACUUCUGAAAGUAGCAGCAGAGGCCUCGACCAAGGCAGUAGCGUCAGUAGCAGCAAAGGCUUCAGCUGACAAGGCAGCCACAGCCACCAAAGGAAAAGCUGCUGCAGUGGCAGCAUCCAUUGCACCGGUGGUAGUGAAGAAAAGAGAAGCCACAGAGGGAAGAAAAGCUGAAGAUGUGGGAAAGAAAACCUCUACUCCUCAGCCUAUGCAUGGUACUAAGUACCAGCCUCAUGCAGCCUCAGCUGCCAAUUUUAAGAAGCCCCAGGAAGAACAACAUGUGGCCACUUCUUCCAAGAGUCAAAAAAAGAAGGCCUCCUUCUUUGCAAUCCCACUGUAUAUAAAUCCGGAUACGUUAGCCAGGAAGGCUGUGGUGCUGGAGCAGUUCCUGAUGUACAAGUUCAAAACAAAGAAAGUCAUUCUGAAGAAGGAUAUGCUAGAGAUCAUCGGUGCAGAGUUUGAAGAGCACUUUGACGAAAUCCUAAAAAAAGCUUCAGUGCGCAUUGAGAUGGUGUUCGCAGUCAAAGUCAUGGAAGUAGACCCAGUGAUCCACUCCUAUGAUCUGGUGAGCAAGAUUAAACUCCCCAACAACGGGAGGCUGCGUGCUGGCCAGGGGCUCCCCAAGACCGGCCUCCUGAUGAAUGUCCUGGGCAUCAUCUUCUUGAAGGGCAACUGCGCCAAGGAGGAAGAUCUCUGGAAAUACCUGGGCAUGAUGAAAGUAUUUCCUGGAAGGAAGCACUCCAUCUUCGGGGAGCCGCGGAAGCUGAUUACAAAAGAUCUGGUGAGGCUCAACUAUCUGGAGUAUAGACAGAUCCCCAACAGUGAUCCUCCACGCUUUGAGUUCCUCUGGGGCCCCAAAGCCUAUGCUGAAACCAGCAAAAGGCAAGUCAUGGAGUUUAUGGCAAAAAUCAAUCGCAAAGAACCCAGCGUAUUACUGGCCAAGUUCAAAGACAUUUUGAAAGAAGAAGAUAAGUAA